GUUGGUGGGUGGAGCUCAGUUGGUGGGCAGGGCUCAGUUGUGGGUCGGCAAGGCUGACCUGGGGUGGCUGGGGCUCCUGUCCGACUGAUGGUAUUCACCUGAUAUGGGCGGACCUUAGCAUGGGUGGGUUAGUCCCAGGUGGUUGGGGUGAGCGGACUGGGCUCCCGGAGCUGUGAGUCAGUACUGUGUCAGGGCGGAAGCAGGCUGCAUUCCUCAUUCCCGGUUGGCAUGGCCCUGCAGCUUUACGUUGACCUGAUAUCCCAGCCCUGCCGCUCAGUUUAUCUGUUCGUUCAAAAGAACAACAUUCCCUUCGAGCUGAAAGAGGUCCAGCUGCUGGCAGGAGAGCAACAUUCGGAAGAGUUUCGGAAAUUGAAUCCUCUGGGGAAGGUGCCUGUGAUAAAGGAUGGGGACUUCACCCUGACCGAGAGUGUGGCGAUUCUGAAGUACCUGGCAUGUAAAUACAAGACCCCCGACCACUGGUACCCAGCUGACCUCCAGAGCCGCGCUCGCGUGGAUGAGUAUCUGGCCUGGCAGCACACAACUCUGAAACCACCAGCUGGGAAAAUCUUCCUGUUGCAGGCUUUAUUCCCAGUCGUGACCGGGGCACCAUGUCCCAAAGAGAAGAUGGUGGAGGCCCAGGAUGAACUGGCCCAAGCUCUGAAGAAUUUUCAAGAGAAGUUCCUUCAGGAGAAGCUGUAUGUUGCUGGCUCGAAGAUCUCACUGGCUGACUUGGUCGCCACUUCUGAGCUGAUGCAGCCCCUCGGCGUUGGCUACGACCCAUUGAAAGGUUCAACCACGCUUACUGCUUGGAGAGAUCGGGUGAAGGCAGCGGUUGGCACAGAUUUAUUCGACAAGACCCAUGAACCAAUCCUUACAGUCAUGGAAUCACUCAAAUCACUGUCCCAGAGCCAGCCCGAAGCUCUCGCAGUUAUAAAAACCAGCUUCAUCAAGUACUUCAAAUAAAAUGACAGAGUUCAGCACGGUGCAGUAAAACUACUAAUUCCAUCGAGAUCUUCUCAUCCCAUAUAGCCAUGUGGAUCUGCUCUCAUCAUAUGGAUAAUAAAUAUAUUGUUUAACCUG